GGUUUUUUUUUGUUUGUUUUUUGUUUUAACUGUACUGUUUGUGGCACGACUGUAAGCCUGCUUAAUACCAUCCCCCAUUGAAUGAUAUCAUCAUUUUUUUUUUUACUGUGGUUUAUAAAAGUCACUUAUUUUAGACUGCGUCAAGACUUUCUCAGGUUAAGCAAAUCGAUCCGUUCCAACAAGCAAAUCUAAUGAUGAUGGCUGCUUGCUACCUACUGCUAGUAUGGACGGCAUCCUUUUUUCUGGCUUCUGGAUUUGCAAAUGAUGAAAUAGGUGACUACAGAAACAGGAAUCUCACCGCUAUCCCGCCUGAUUUACCCCUUAAUACUACAAAGUUAAUUUUGAGCUACAACAAAAUUGAUAUACACCCCAAAAGCAUUGGAGAGCUUAAUAAAUAUACCAAUUUGUCUGAACUCUAUCUUAACCACAACAACAUCUCAGAUUUACCUGGGCACAUGUUUCAUAACCUCUCCAAACUGAAAGUACUUGAUAUUGCAAACAAUAUCAUUAGCAGAAUUGAGCCAAAAGCUUUCAAAGGCCUGGGCAGCUUGCAAGACCUUUACCUCUGCCACAACCAAAUAAACACUUUACAUCCAGAGGUUUUUGCAAACUUAUCCAGCCUGAAGAAUUUGACGCUGUGUGGGAACAAACUCCGAACCCUUAAAGAAGGAACAUUAAACCUCUUUCGUCUUAAAAGCAUAAACUUACAGGACAAUCCUUGGAACUGUACCUGUAAACUACUGUCACUGCAAAAAAGGGUUAAGGACACAAAUAUAACACUAGCAAACUACAACAAAACUACAUGUGAAAGCCCAAUUGAACUUAAAGGCCAGUGUAUCCUGACAGUGCUGAUCAAUGGCACUCAGUGCUCUGCUGGGUCUACCACAACAAAAGCACCACAACCCUCAACUAUACAAUCAAAAGGGAACACCUCUAGAGCUAUGUCAUCUGUUAUCAAUAGGACACAGACAAAAGUACAAGAUUCCCAGCCUAUUGGGAGCAGCUGGCAUUUUCUACUGGGAGUGAUAGUGGCUGUCCUGAGCACAUCCAUGCUCAUUGUCUGUGCUGUGAAAUGUCCAGCAUGGUAUAAGAUGUUCUUCAGCUACCAGCACCAGCGGCUACGGGAAGAAGCUCCAAAUACCUUAGAAAGCAUGGGCAAAUUCACAGAUGAUGAAGAUGGGUUUAUUGAGGACAGAUAUAUUGAUGCAGUGGAAUGCAAUGAUAGCAGAGAGAACUAAAUGACACCUGAUAAUCCCACGCAACAGAAAAUUCACGUGAGGUUCUUGAUAAGUACAGAGGUAAACAUUUUUAUUCGUUCCUGAUGCCCAAUCCAUAAAUGGCCGGCAACUUUGAGAAUCACAUAAUUGUACAACCUUAGCCUCUGUGUUUUAGAAUAGCAUCACUGUUUUAAGCCCUGCAUAAAGAUACUGUGGCACAGAUACAUACAGAAAUAGCAGAAGAAAGAUUAUAGUAUGUAGUUACCUCGCUUGUUAUGCAUGUAGACAAUGAAAGCUAUGUAAGUCAACGCACCACAAAAUACUUCAAUUUGAUUCCUUGUAAUAAAAUGUGUACAUUUUAAAUAUCACAAUUAACAAAAUAAACUAAACAACAAAAUAAAGUGUGGUGGUGUUAUAAUAAACUUUAUAAACAAGCACAAAAACUUUAAAGCCAUGUAUCUGCCUUGGAUUUAUUUUUCACAAACAGAUAUUAAAUGGCAAAUCUUUACACAGCCAUUUUCUGCCAGAAAUAUCAUGGUUAAAUUAAUGUUUAUAUUACUUUCCAAGUCUAAAGAGGCUGCAAAAGCAGGAAAACUUAUAACACAUCUCAUGGGGGAUGCGGUGGCGUAGCCACUGUUGGGCCUGGGUGGGCCAUGGUCCAUCCAGUUUGCACACUGGCCCAUCCAAAUCUGCAUCUAUGUGAAUGCCAAGUUUAAGUACAUUUAUAAAAAAAAAAAAUAAUAAACAUAAAUUGUGUGCCCCAAAGGCGGGCGUUUAAGUUUAGGUCA